AUGGCUGACCCCAGCGGUGCCGCACCUGGGCCUGGCCCGAACGAUGUCUCAACGGCCAUCCUGAGGCCCAAGAAGUCUCCUAACCGUCUCAUCGUCGACGAGGCGACGUCGGAUGACAACUCUGUCGCGACCCUCAACCCCGCCACAAUGGAGACCCUUCAGCUGUUCCGAGGUGACACCAUUAUCGUCAGGGGGAAGAAGCGCCAUGACACCGUGCUCAUUUGCUUGAGCUCUGACGACGUCGAGGAGGGUAAAAUCCAAAUGAACAAGGUCGCCCGUAACAACCUCCGCGUCAAGCUCGGCGACAUGGUGAAUGUCCACCCAUGCUUGGACAUCAAGUAUGGCAAGCGCGUACAUAUCCUGCCCUUCGAUGACUCGAUCGAAGGCCUUAGCGGGAACAUUUUUGAUGUAUAUCUCAAACCAUAUUUCCUGGAAGCUUACCGGCCAGUACGAAAGGGUGACACCUUCCUCGUCCGUGGUGGCAUGCGGACAGUGGAAUUCAAGGUCAUCGAGACCGAUCCGGCAGAAUACUGUAUUGUUGCGCAAGAUACGGUCAUUCAUACAGAGGGUGACCCGGUGAAACGCGAAGACGAGGAGGCAAACUUGAACGAGGUCGGCUACGACGAUAUCGGUGGUUGUCGCAAGCAGAUGGCUCAAAUUCGUGAGCUCGUCGAGCUGCCCCUUCGCCACCCACAACUCUUCAAGUCCAUCGGUAUCAAGCCUCCGCGGGGUAUCCUGAUGUACGGUCCUCCCGGUACGGGUAAGACGUUGAUGGCGCGCGCGGUCGCAAACGAGACAGGCGCAUUUUUCUUCCUGAUCAAUGGUCCUGAGAUCAUGAGCAAGAUGGCGGGAGAGAGCGAAAGCAACCUGCGGAAAGCGUUCGAGGAAGCAGAGAAGAAUUCGCCUGCCAUCAUCUUCAUUGAUGAGAUUGACUCUAUUGCGCCGAAACGUGAAAAGACCAACGGAGAAGUGGAACGCCGUGUCGUUUCUCAGCUGCUGACGCUUAUGGACGGUUUGAAAGCGCGGUCCAAUGUUGUGGUCAUGGCCGCUACGAACCGACCCAACUCGAUCGACCCUGCUCUUCGUCGCUUUGGCCGUUUCGACCGUGAAAUCGAUAUUGGUAUCCCUGACCCCACUGGCCGUCUUGAAAUUCUUCGCAUUCACACGAAGAACAUGAAGCUAGGUGACGAUGUCGAUCUCGAGCAGAUCGCAGCGGACACCCACGGCUACGUCGGAUCAGAUCUCGCAUCUUUGUGCUCGGAGGCCGCUAUGCAGCAAAUUCGUGAGAAGAUGGACCUCAUCGACCUUGACGAGGAUACUAUCGAUGCGGAGGUGCUUGACUCACUCGGUGUUACCAUGGAGAACUUCCGCUUCGCUCUGGGCACAUCCAACCCGUCCGCUUUGCGUGAGACGGUGGUCGAAGUGCCGACCGUCAAGUGGGCUGACAUCGGUGGUCUCGACAAGGUCAAGCAGGAGUUGCAGGAGACUGUACAGUACCCUGUGGAGCACCCGGAUAAGUUCCUCAAGUAUGGUAUGUCGCCGUCAAAGGGAGUCCUGUUCUAUGGUCCCCCGGGUACAGGUAAGACCCUCCUGGCGAAGGCCAUCGCCAACGAGACCCAGGCCAAUUUCAUCAGUAUCAAGGGUCCGGAGCUCUUGACAAUGUGGUUCGGUGAAUCUGAGGCGAAUGUCCGUGAUGUCUUCGACAAGGCUCGUGCUGCCGCGCCUUGCGUGAUGUUCUUCGACGAGCUGGACUCCAUCGCGAAGGCUCGUGGAGGAUCGUCCGGAGAUGCUGGUGGUGCAGGGGACCGUGUCCUCAACCAAAUUCUGACGGAGAUGGACGGUAUGAACGUCAAGAAGAACGUAUUCAUCAUCGGUGCCACAAACAGACCAGACCAGAUUGACCCCGCGCUACUUCGGCCAGGACGUCUCGACCAGCUCAUCUACAUUCCGCUCCCCGAUGAGAACUCACGGCUGGACAUCCUCAAGGCUACCAUGCGCAAGAGUCCUGUCGCACCUGAUGUCGACCUUGGCUUCCUUGCAAAGAACACGCAUGGUUUCUCUGGUGCUGAUCUUACGGAGAUCUGCCAGCGUGCUGCCAAGCUCGCGAUCCGGGAAAGUAUCGAGUCGGACAUCCGACGAGCGCGGGAGAAGCAAGCGAAGGAGGAGGCAGCCGGUGAUGACGCGAAGAUGGAGGAAGACGAGGACGAGGAGGAUCCCGUCCCUGUCAUCACGCGGGCGCAUUUCGAGGAGGCAAUGAAGUUCGCACGCCGCUCUGUGUCGGACGCGGACAUCCGGCGGUACGAGAUGUUCGCGCAGAACCUACAGCAAUCACGUUCGUUCGGCUCGACAUUCAAGUUCCCUGAUGCACCCGGUGCACCUGCAGUGGGUGGCGCGCCCGUACCGGCAGGCAACGCAGGAUUUGGCGAGGACACACAGGAUGACGACUUGUAUGCGUAAUGGACAAUUGGUUGCUGUGUUUCUUCCUGUUCGCUAUUCAUGUUCUAUGCUGUGUGCAAGUAGCUGCAUCGAUGAUUGAAAAUGAUAGAGUGGUUCAUUCUCUUGCAUGUAUAAUGUUUGCGUGCGUUCGUAGCUUGCAAGAGUAAACGUUGUAACCGGGUACAAAUGUUUGGAUAAUAACCUGCAUAUUGAACGCCCAAUCGAGACGUCUGUGACGCCAUCGGUGUGCAGCGUGCAUUCUGGGCUCUCCACACUUUUAUUCCUC